GUCUCCAAUUCAAUUUAUACUUGCGUUGUAGAUCAGCGCAAUUACGAUUUAUUAGCUUUCUACUGACAUUCGAUGUUGAAAUCAUAAUAAAUAAUAUCGCGAAGUCGUGAUACUUGUUAUUUCAUGUUACGUUUUAUAAUUCAAUAUCAAAGAAUUCAGUGUUAUUUUAAAUAUAAAAAUCUAAUUAUUGGUGUGUUUUUUGGUGAAUAACAAAUGUAAUUUGUCAAAAGUAAAAAUUUUAUUGGAUCAUGUCGACAUUAAAUAAAUAUACUUGUCAACUAUCUUCGGAGGAGAAGAUAUAUUUGGCGGCUAAUUUAAAUGAAACUGAUGAAAUUAGACCAAUUAAAAUUGCUGAAAUAAGACAAUGGAUAAUACAAAAUAACGAUUUACAUGCACCUACAGAUGAUUUUUUCAUUCUUCGUUUUUUAAGAGCAUGCAAAUUUAAUGUCGAGAAAACAAAGUGUAAACUUUGGAAUUAUUAUAAGCAGAGAGCAAGUCUUCCUGAAUGGUAUAAUAACAGGAAUCCCUUUUUACCAGAGUUACAAGAAUUAUUUGAUUUAGGGGUGUUUUUACCUUUGAGAAAAUUAGAUAACCAAGGCAGAAUGAUUGUGAUAAUACGCGCAGCUGCGCAUUCUCCCAGUAGGCAUAAAAUAUCAGAUAUGUUGAAGGCUUCAUUAAUGAUUUUGGAUGUAGCAUUACGAGAUCACGAGUCAGUAACAAUAUAUGGUGUAACGAGUAUCUUGGAUUUAGACAAUAUUACAUAUGAGCAUGUUCUCCAAUUACCACCAAAUGUUAUUAGAAAUUUAGUUCAUGCAUGGCAGGGUUGUUACCCUGUUAGAAUUUAUUCGUUGGAUUUUAUUAAUGCUCAUAGAUUCGUGAAUACAAUAUUAAACAUAUUUAGAAGUUUUAUGAAUAAAAAAUUGAAACAGAGAGUUCAUGUUCAUUCACGCGAUAAAUUAAAAUUACACGAAACUUUGCCGAAGAAUAUAUUACCAAAAGAAUAUGGUGGUACGAAUGGAACAGUAAAAGAAUUAAGUGAGUAUUGGAAGCAUGUUGUUGAAGAGAAUCAAGAGUGGUUCACUGAGGAAGAAAAAUAUAAAUUAACGUUGAUUAAAUAACUAGAUUGGAAUUAAUUUACGACAAUGAAGGAUUGCAUAUGCAAUUGGAAUAGUUAAUAGCGAAAUACAAGAUAGACACCGACAUAUUUUUUUAUUUUUUAUAAAUAUUUUUUAUACAGAAAAUUGAAUGGAAAAUGGAAAUAUAAACUGCAUCUGUGUGUUC